AAGUUUAUAUUCUGAUUAUCCCUGGAUUUGGAAUGGUUAGUCACAUCGUAAGUGCAUUCUCAGGUAAACCAGUAUUUGGAUACCUAGGUAUGGUUUAUGCUAUGUUCAGUAUUGGAAUUCUAGGAUUCCUAGUAUGGAGUCACCACAUGUAUGCUGUAGGACUUGAUGUUGAUACACGAGCUUACUUUACAGCUGCUACAAUGAUUAUUGCUGUUCCAACAGGAAUUAAAAUUUUCUCAUGGCUAGCUACACUAUACGGUGGUUCACUACGAAUCACUACACCUAUGCUAUUUGCUCUUGGAUUUAUUGCUCUAUUUACAAUUGGAGGUCUAACAGGAGUAAUUCUAGCUAAUGCUUCACUAGAUGUUGCGCUACACGAUACAUACUACGUUGUUGCUCACUUCCACUAUGUUCUAUCAAUGGGAGCUGUAUUUGCUCUAUUUGGAGCAUUCUACUUCUGGACACCAAAAAUCAUUGGUAAAACAUUUAAUGAAAAUCUAGGACGAAUCCACUUCUGGACACUGUUUGUAGGGGUUAACCUAACAUUCUUCCCACAACACUUCCUAGGACUAGGUG